UGAAAGCCCAGAGCCUUCGCUGCCUUCUGGUUAAAAGCCCUUUUUAAAUAAAAUUGAAAAAACCCAGUACUCCAUACUUCCGAGUUCCGACCAGGGCUCUGCAACUGCAACUGAAACCCCUAACUCUACACUCCAUCUCUCUGCCUCCGUGGUAUUCGAUCCCUAGCUUCACCUUCAAUGGCGGCGAUGCUGCAACCGCAGAUAAUUUUGUUGAAAGAAGGGACUGAUACAUCGCAAGGGAAGCCACAACUAGUGAGCAACAUCAAUGCGUGUACAGUGGUGGCAGAUUCAGUACGAACGACGCUGGGUCCGCGAGGGAUGGAUAAGCUGAUCCACGAUGACAAGGGUACUACCACCAUUUCUAACGACGGAGCUACUAUCAUGAAACUGCUGGACAUCGUACACCCAGCCGCGAAGAUUCUUGUCGAUAUUGCCAAGUCUCAAGACUCAGAGGUUGGUGAUGGAACCACUACUGUUGUCCUUCUUGCAGCGGAGUUUCUGAAAGAGGCCAAGCCUUUCAUAGAGGAUGGAGUCCAUUCUCAGAAUCUCAUUAGGAGUUAUAGGACUGCAUGCUCUAUGGCAAUUGACAAGAUCAAAGAACUUGCUAUAAGCAUAGAGGGAAAAAGCCUGGAAGAAAAGAAAAGCUUAUUAGCUAAAUGUGCUGCUACUACACUUUCAUCGAAGCUCAUUGGUGGUGAAAAGGAGUUUUUUGCAUCCAUGGUUGUGGAGGCUGUCAUUGCUAUUGGCAAUGAUGAUAGAUUAAAUUUAAUUGGAAUAAAAAAGGUUCCAGGGGGGAAUAUGCGAGACUCUUUUCUUGUAAAUGGUGUUGCCUUCAAGAAGACAUUUUCUUAUGCUGGUUUUGAGCAGCAACCCAAGAAAUUUCUAAAUCCAAAAAUACUUUUAUUGAACAUUGAGUUGGAAUUAAAGUCGGAGAAAGAAAAUGCAGAGAUAAGGCUUUCGGAUCCCUUACAAUAUCAAUCAAUUGUUGAUGCUGAAUGGAAUAUAAUCUAUGACAAGUUGGACAAAUGUGUUCAGAGUGGGGCUAAAAUUGUCCUCUCAAGGCUGGCAAUUGGUGAUUUAGCAACACAGUAUUUUGCAGACCGAGAUAUUUUCUGUGCUGGUCGUGUAACCGAGGAGGAUCUGCAAUGUGUUGCUGCAGCAACUGGUGGAACUGUACAAACUUCUGUCAACAACAUUAUUGAUGAGGUUCUAGGGACGUGUGAGAUCUUUGAGGAAAGACAAGUUGGGAAUGAGAGAUUUAAUAUAUUUAGUGGAUGUCCAUCUGGUCAGACAGCAACUAUUGUUCUUCGUGGUGGAGCUGAUCAGUUCAUUGAGGAAGCUGAACGGAGUCUACAUGAUGCAAUAAUGAUAGUCAGAAGGGCUCUGAAGAACUCUACUGUUGUUGCUGGUGGUGGUGCAAUAGAUAUGGAAAUAAGCCGGUACUUGAGGCAGCAUGCACGGACAAUAGCUGGCAAGUCUCAGCUUUUUAUAAACUCCUAUGCUAAGGCACUUGAGGUUAUUCCACGGCAGCUUUGUGACAAUGCUGGCUUUGAUGCAACUGAUGUGCUGAACAAACUCAGACAGAAACAUGCUCUUCCAUCUGGUGAAGGUGCACAUUAUGGGGUAGAUAUCAACACUGGUGGAAUUGCGGAUUCAUUUGAUAACUUCGUCUGGGAGCCCGCAGUCGUGAAGAUAAAUGCUAUAAAUGCUGCAACUGAGGCAGCUUGCCUUAUUCUAAGUGUUGAUGAAACUGUGAAAAACCCCAAGUCAGAGAGUGCACAAGGAGAGGCUGCUGCAAGUGCAAUGGGUGGUCGAGGGCAUGGUGGAGCAGCUUUCCGUGGUCGUGGACGAGGUAUGCGCAGGCGAUGAACAUGACACUGUUAAAAUGUUUUCAAGGUUGCAAAAGGGGCUUUUGCAAGGCAAAUGCUGCUUCUUUGGAAGUUGUUAUUUAGUUGAGUGUGUUCUUAAGUUCCUACUUGAUCUUGAUCCUGGUUCUAUAAGCCAUGCGAGUGCUAGAUGGUGAGGCACUUCAGAAAACAUUUGUUAAACUAGGUCUAAGGCGUUUGUUCCUCAAAGCUUUAUCAUACGAAGCUACGGUGCUGGUUAUUUGAGUGAGUUUUGUAACUCGACCACUGGUGGGGGCAAUAUCAAUAUAUGUUUUGUAGUUAGAAAGCUUGGAAAAUGUACUGAUGAGAGGGAAUUAUAACCGGCGGUUGAGUUUUUGUUUUUUGUUUUUAACCUUCCUGCUGCGCUAGUCAUUUGGAUUUUGAAAAUUUCUUUUGUCGUUUACGAAUACUAUGCUGUGAUUGUUUCACUCAUUUGUCAAUUAAAGAACAGAUGCCUGAAAGUUCAUUCCAAUUUCCAAC